AUGGUGUCAAGUGUGUUUGACUUUUUUUUUUACAGCCGCCCCCAUCCCGUUCUCCAUACCCUUCCUAAGGUCGUUCAGGCGAAGAAAAAAGGAUCGACGACUAACGAUCUAUGUCGCCUGUGGAGGAAGAUCGGAGCAUCGAGUUCUGAUGGCGACGCGGGGUCGGAUGGAGGUGCUUGGCUCUGGAGGUGGUCGUCUGGUCCUGGGAUCGACCGGAGACGUUCUACUUCUUCAUUUUCACUUUUCCUUUUCGCAUGUGGAACGAAUUUAAGCACCGAUCCUUUUCCUCCUCAUUCUCUUCUUGCUGAGUCGCCGACACUGAAAACGAUGAGGGCGAGAGGGUUGUUCAUCGAUGGAUUCCGGUGGUAUGGUAACCGCUAUGGUGAAGGGUAA